AUGUACACAGGUGUGGUUAAAGCGAAGCGAUCGAUAUGGAGGCUAAGGACAAUCAACGAUUUCUUCUGGUCAAUCAUCAAUCUGAUACAAGUCUUCUUUAUAACCAUGUUCUCAAUGGAGAAAUCAGAUGCAUAUAGGAAAGGCUCCGGGGCUAACAAGAAGUGGGAUGGUGGCAGGGGCGGUGGACCUCCUGGUGGCGGCGGUGGUGGUGGACCACCUCGUGGGGGCCUGGACAAUGUGCGCGGCUUGAAUGAUAUCCGUGGAGCUGAUCACAAUUCCCUACCUGCAUGUGGCUCGUGCUGUGGUUGA